AAUAGUCGUAAUCGAAAAUAUUUUAGUUAACAAUUGUAAUAAGAUGUUAACCAUGUAUACACUCAUACGAACAACAACGAUUUUAUGGAUUACUAACCUACUAGACGUGGGUUGGUCACAAAAUUUACAGACAAUCAAUAUACUAUUUAUCAGUGACCGAAAUAAUUUAGUUGCCGAAGAAACUUUGAAUGUAGCACUAAACUAUAUCCGAAGGAAUCCCAGGAUUGGAUUGAUGCUCGAUGGUAUAUACUCGGUGAAAAUUGGUGGAGAUGAUGCUUCAGAAAUUUUAGAAACACUCUGUGUGAAUUAUAAUGCAUCGAUUCGAAACAAUAAACCACCUCAUUUGGUUAUUGACACUACGAUAAACGGAGUUACAUCAGAAGCCGUUAAAUCAUUUACUGCUGCCUUGGCAUUGCCCACAGUCAGUGCAUCAUAUGGUCAAAGUGGCGAUAUAAGACAAUGGAGAAAUUUAGAUGGAGAGCAACAAAAAUAUUUGAUCCAAAUAAGUCCGCCUGCUGAUAUUAUUCCUGAAAUAAUUAGAAGUAUCGUGGUAGCACAAAAUAUAACGAACGCUGGUAUAAUGUUUGAUGAUACAUUUGUUAUGGAUCAUAAAUACAAAUCGCUAUUACAAAAUAUUCCGACAAGGCAUAUUAUAGCUUCUAUAGACGAUACAACAAGCAUCAAACUGCACUUAAGUAGAUUUCGAGAUGUAGACAUAGUAAAUUUUUUCGUUUUGGGGAAACUAUCGAUCAUUAAAUCAGUGUUGGACCACGCAAAUUCUAACAAAUUAUUCGGUCGAAAAUAUGCUUGGCAUGUAAUCACACAGGAUAAAGGAUCACUCAAAUGUGGCUGUUCUAAUGCAACUAUUCUGUAUGUUAAGCCCGAGCCAGAUGCUGGAAGUCGAGAAAAAUUAUCGAAUCUAAAAACAACUUAUGGUUUAACAUCAACUCCAGAACUAAAAGCAGCGUUUUACUUCGACUUUUACUAUCGAUCUUUGUUGGCCAUCAGAUCUAUGAUGAAUAGUGUUGAAUGGCCCACAAACAUGACCUAUACUACAUGCGAUGAAUAUAAUGAAGAAAAUCCACUUCCAAGAAGAAAUAUAGACCUACGGAGAUAUUUAAAAGAUAUGACUGAACCACCAUCCUACGCUCCAUUCUUAAUAGAUACAAAUGGACACAGUUACGAAGAAUUCACGAUGAGAUUGGAAAAAGUAACUGUGCUGAAUAGUCAGUCGGUAAGUGCUGAAAACGUGGGCUCGUGGAAGGCAAGUCUGAAUUCCCCAAUCGUUGUAAAAGAUGCAGCAAAUAUGUCACAUUUUUCAGCUGUAACUGUGUAUAGAGUGGUUACAGUUUUGCAAAACCCGUUUAUGAUUCAAGUUGAUGAUGAAGAUGGUAAAGGGGUGGUAAAAUUUAAAGGGUACUGUAUUGAUUUAAUAGAAGAAAUUAGAAAGUUAAUCGGUUUUGAGUAUGAGAUUUACAUAGCUCCGGACAAUAAUUUUGGAAAUAUGGACGAAAAUGGCCAAUGGAAUGGAAUGGUGAAAGAACUUGUCGAAAAGAGAGCUGAUAUUGCAUUGGGCUCACUUUCAGUCAUGGCAGAGAGAGAAAACGUAGUAGAUUUCACAGUUCCCUACUAUGAUUUAGUUGGCAUAACAAUUUUAAUGAAAAAACCACAAACUCCAACCUCGUUGUUUAAAUUUCUCACGGUUCUAGAAAAUGAUGUAUGGAUGUGUAUACUUGGAGCUUAUUUUUUCACUAGUUUUUUGAUGUGGGUAUUUGAUCGCUGGAGUCCGUACAGCUAUCAGAACAACAGAAAUAAAUAUAAAGAUGAUGAAGAAAAACGAGAAUUCAACUUAAAAGAAUGCCUGUGGUUUUGCAUGACAUCAUUAACGCCACAGGGCGGAGGUGAAGCACCAAAAAAUCUUUCCGGUAGACUUGUUGCUGCUACAUGGUGGCUCUUUGGUUUCAUAAUAAUAGCAUCUUAUACUGCUAACUUAGCAGCUUUUCUAACAGUUUCUCGGUUGGAUACACCUGUAGAAUCUUUGGACGAUUUAUCUAAGCAAUAUAAAAUUCAGUACGCUCCAUUGAACGGUUCGGCAACAAUGACUUAUUUUCAAAGAAUGGCUGACAUCGAAACGCGGUUUUAUGAAAUAUGGAAAGAUAUGAGCUUAAACGACAGUCUCAGUGAAGUAGAGAGGGCGAAACUAGCCGUUUGGGAUUAUCCGGUUAGUGAUAAGUACACGAAGAUGUGGCAAGCAAUGAAAGAGGCGAAAUUGCCAAACACUUUGGAGGAAGCCAUUGAAAGGGUUAAGAGUUCCAAAUCGUCUAGUGAAGGAUUUGCUUACUUAGGAGACGCUACUGAUAUUAGAUACCAAGUGAUGAUCGACUGCGAUUUACAAAUGGUUGGCGACGAGUUCUCUAGAAAGCCGUACGCGAUUGCAGUCCAACAAGGGUCUCCGUUAAAAGACCAAUUCAACAACGCGAUAUUAUUGUUGCUGAACAAACGUAAAUUAGAGAAAUUGAAAGAGACGUGGUGGAAUAUGAAUCCGGAGAGGAUACAAUGCGAAAAACAGGACAAUCAAUCCGACGGCAUUAGCAUCCAUAACAUAGGUGGAGUUUUUAUUGUUAUAUUUGUUGGGAUUGGACUGGCUUGUUUUACGUUAGCAUUUGAAUACUGGUGGUAUAAGUAUAAAAAAAGCUCAAAAGUUGCAAAUACGAUGAAUCCAAAACAAAUGGUAAUAGGUAGAGGAGAAUUCACUUAUCCAAUCAUACCUAAUUAUGAAACAUCUGGAAUGAGAUCAAGAAACAUUAUCCAAGGUUUGAGACGAUCUAUUAGUCAAUCUACACCCAAACAGCAAUAAUGGAUUCUUCAACAAUUGCAUUUACUUCAUAAAAUUAAAUUAAUUACAUCAAGUAUCAAAUUUAUAGUAAUUAAAUAAUAAAUAAUAAAUAUUACACUGUUUAUUUCUCUUUUAAUUUGGUUAUCUAGUUCUUUCAUACUUCUACUGCAGUAAUCUUACCAUUAUAAAUAUCUACUACUGU